UACGAGAGAAUAGAAUUGUUGGGUAAUAUCACUCAUUUUAAAAUGUUAAAACCCUCAUGCCAUAAUUAGUGUGACUUCAACGUGCCCAUCACUACCUUCCUUCUUAAUUUCAGCAGUACCCACCACAAUUCAGCUCAGCUGCCACCAAUUUCACCCAAACACCCAUAUUUCGUCAAAGCCAUGGGGGUGUCAAGGCUACAGAGCUUAAGAUUUGGGACAAUAAUCUCUGGAGUUGCCAACGUAAUGGUGGUGAUCAUUGGUGGGAUUCUUAUUUUUGUUGCGUUUCCUUCUUGUGAUGCCCACAAGCUUUUUCCCAUUGGGGUUGUUUCAUUGGCCGCUGGGAUUAAAUUUGGCGCCAUGAUUAAAACAGGGAUGGCACAAGAAGCCACUGCCAAAUCCGUUCUUGAUUCUACUGCUGACACCAUCAUCCGCAAUGAAAGAAGGCUGAGGUACAAAACAUGGCUUUGGUGGACCCGUUUUGCAAUAGUAAUUGCAUUGUUUCAAGUUGUGGGUGCAACUUACCUCUUGUUCAACAUGGCUAAAUAUGUUUCUGAUGAUGAAACUCCAAGUAGGUGUGUUUUAGGAGUGUCUUCAAAUGGUAACUGGUGGAUGCAAAAGCUAUUGCUGUUAUUUGUCAUCAUGGUCUGUUUUGUAGCACUAGUGCAGUGUUUUAUAGGUUCUGAUGUUUUAAGAUGGAGGUCCUUUUAUGCAACCCAAGAUGAUGUAUGGAAAGCUCACUAUCAUGAAGUAUUUGAUCAUGGCAUUCGUGAGAUAAUGUGCUGUUUUGGACGUAUUCAAUACUUAACUGUCUCAGAGGAAGAUGAAAUAUAUUCAGUAGCAAAAUUACUUGGUGAUCUUGUUGCUUAUCGUGCAUCAGGCACUGGCCAUUUGGAACUUUUGGCAGGUUUAGCUUUAUUGCAGAGGCAUAGCCAGUCCCCAAUAUCAUAUGAAGGAUUUCUCGAGGCACCUCAAGAACGGCUUCAGGAAGCUGCUGCUUUUCAUAAAUUUGCUGAAGCUGCCUACACUGGCCCAUUACUUGAUGUUGGAAGAAAUCCUAUAUUAUUUCCUUGUGCAUGGCUUUAUAGGCAAGGGGUUUUGUCUCCAUGGACUCGUAGCAGGCGACCCAUGCUUGAUGGUGAUAAUUGGUGGCGAGGCCAUGCGGCAGCCUUUCUAAAGUACGUCAAUUUAUCCCCAGAUGUACUUCGGCAAGGACGUGUGGGUCAGGAAAAAUGUAAAGCUGCAUACUUUAUUUUGGUUUUACAUCAUCUAAAAUCUGUGGUAAUUGCUGUACGAGGAACUGAGACCCCUGAAGACUUAAUAACUGAUGGUUUAGGCAGGGAAUGUCUCCUUUCUGCUGAAGAUUUGGAUGGGUUAAUGAAUAGUCAUAUUCACCUUGAUAUAAAGCAAAGCGUGGAAUCAUCUUCCCCACACUAUGGGCACCUGGGUAUAGUUGAGGCUGCACGGGAGCUUUAUAUGCAAGUUGAGGGAAAUCCUAGAUAUGAUAAUGAUGAUUUUGGUUCAACUGGAUUCCUUUCCUCAUUACUGGGAGCUGGAUGUGAGUGUGAUGGUUACAAUGUGCGAUUAGUAGGACAUUCUUUGGGAGGUUCCAUUGCUACAUUGCUAGGACUGAGACUAUAUGGUCGAUUCCCAAAUUUGCAUGUAUAUACUUAUGGUGCCCUGCCGUGUGUGGAUUCAGUGAUUGCAAAUGCUUGUACAGAAUUUAUUACAAGCGUUGUAUACGAAAAUGAAUUUUCUGCACGCCUUUCAGUUGGAUCGAUCCUGCGGCUACGUGCAUCUGCAAUAAUGGCACUGGCACAAGAUACUACAACUGAUAUAGCAUUAAUUUUCAGACUUGCACGCCAGUUUCUCUAUGCAAGCAAGUAUCAAAUAAGUAAAAUUGAGGCAAAAGACGCAGCUGUAAAUCAUUCUGAGAUCAACACGACUGAGGAUUUCAAUAACCACAUCCAUGGGGGGGCCAAGCAACCAAAUAGAGAGUGUUCCAUUUGGAAUGAGGAUGACUCAAGAGAAAAUAUUGUUGAAACGGAUGGUGAUGAUUUUAUUAAUCCAUUCCAUGACAUUGCUGCUGGUGCUAGUCCAUUAGGUGAUCCUGUGUCUUGUUUAAUGGAAACCGUCUCUAGAACCGAAAAUGGGACAGCCGGAACUCCCACCGAGGUGUUUUUGCCUGGCCUUACAAUUCAUAUAGUGUUGCAACGACAAAGCUUGAAUAUUCCUCUGUGGGCAAGCUGGAGAACCCAAAAGAGGAAUCACAGUUAUAAAGCUUUUAUAGCAAACAGAGAAAAUUUUACAGAUAUAGUUGUUUCACCAUCGAUGUUCCUUGACCAUAUGCCCUGGAGAUGUUACCAGGCCAUGCAAAAGGUAUUGGAAGCUCGAGCUGCUCAAGAAGCCCAAGAGUAGCAGCAGAUGUACCUCAAAUCUUGUACUGUAAAUUCUAGAAGGUUGACUCUAAACUUUGUUUCUCUUAUAUGGUAGCCUCCAGUGUAUCAACGAUCUCUCUGCCAUAUGGGGUAAAUCUGCAUGUUUGGAUAUCCAGAUUAGUGAACUAAGCCAAGGAAGAAAACCAACCAUUAUUGACAGAAGGGAUACCCUUCGAGUACUUGAUACCCAAGUGAUGAACAGCGUUUCAAAGUUAAUGUUGUAAUUUCCUAAGUCCAGGGUUCUCAAUUGUGGUGGCCAUUUUGCAAGCCCAGCCCUUCGUUUUAACAAAACUUUUUGUCAUAGUAAUGGACAACAAAAGUCUGUAGUAAGAAGACAAUGUGCAAAGAUGAUGAGAAAUCCUAUAAAAGAUAACAUAUCAGGAAGAUGCAAUGCUGCUAUAAUUGGUAAAUUUGUUGGCUACAGUGAUCUCUAAAAGAUUCUUCUGCAGAAACCGCUUUAUUAACCCAAGGCGUACCCUCAUUAUGUCUGAAGUAUGUUCCUAGGUUGAUAUGAUAUUUUCUGCUAUCACUGAAGCUUUACCCUCAAUCGAUCGAUUCAAUUCUAGAGUGGCGGGUUUCAUGAAACCCUGAAGAACAGUUAUCCUGCCACCUAAGCUUUGUCUUUUAAAGUACCUGUCAUUAGUAAAUGAUAGUAUGUAUAUAUUGUGUCCCCCAUUCUUCUAGAGUUACAAAAUUAAAUAUAAACUAAGUUGGCCCAUCAUAUAUAGGCUUUCAUAAGUUUGUUUGGAUAAUACUUGUUUUCUCCGAAUUUUUGAGCUUGGGUUGACAAAAGAAAUUAUAGCUUAAUCUCUGUUCUAGUUUGAUUGAUCUUGGGAACAAACCUCAAGCUCCAUUUCUAGUAAACUUUUUGUUCAUGAAUU